AAGUCCCAGUAGGUCUGAUAAACAGUCACUGUCUGACAGCACCACAGAAACAGAUAACGGGAACAGGGACUCCCCCGAAAAGAGAGUCCCUACAGAUGGAGGAGCGAGCAGGAAACCUCCCCAGCACCUCUGGAUCCCAGGAAGCCCAGAGUAGGGAGGAUGUCGCAACCAAGAGACCCCGGAAAAGAAGGGAAAAAGGGCCAGCCAGUCCCAACAGAAAAGCUAAAGAGAAAGAGGGGAGGAAGAGGAGAAAUCGAAGAAGAAAAAGGAGCAUCUCAAACGUUAAAGGAGAUGCAGAUGUCAAAAGUGAAAACACGGAAAAAGCCAAGAUGGAGGUUGAGGAGACAACUAGCAGCCAAACUCAGGAGAGCAAGCAUGUAGAAACUCAACAUGUGGAUCACAGAGCAGGAGACCAGUUGCAGACUGAAGAGCAAUGCCACAAAGAUGCUACGAUGGUGCAAGCACAGACUAAAACAAGGAAACUUAAAGGCUCAGACAAAUUCACACAAACUGCAGCCGUUCCUCAGAGCGACCAGGAAACACAGACAGACUUCCCCGUGCCAGAACAAGACAAAAACGACGAGAAGGCUCGACCUGGCAGAAAGAAUGCUGCUGAGUCACAGAUACAACAAGACAAACAAACACCUGAGCCUGCGCCUGCACCCGCGCCUGCGCUGCAAGACGACAGCGCUACUCACACUCCGUUAAAGCCAAAGGAAGAUACAGACGGUGCAUCAUCAGACUCAGCCAGGGAGCGAAACCCCAAGAAAGAGUCAAAGUCUAAAGAUGAGAAUCCUUCUGCAGGAACCUCCGUUGAUCCCACAGACUCACAAGAUGCCAAACCAAUGUCAUACGCAAAAGUUGUGUCUGGAGCGGGCGGGACUGAGAAACAGUCCAAUAUGGAAGCCUCCAAAGCAGCAGAUACAACCACAAAACCCUCCCAGAGCACACGUGAACGCAGCCCAGUGAGACCUCCACCUUCUGCUCCCAUGUUCACCUUUCACAUCUAUGCUGUGCUGGACAAAAAGUUCAGGUUCAACCAAAAGCAUGACACACUUUUGCUGUGUUAUGAUGUAGGGUAUUUACCCUUUGAAAUGACCCAUUUUGUUGGACUAAAAGAAGGAAGGUAUCUGGUAGAAGCAAGUCUUUCCAUUGAAGAAAGUCACCUGCAGAGAGGCAUUGUGUGGAGUUAUUGGUAUGGUGUAAAGCAACGACAGAAGAAAGAGAUCACAGGAAUUGCCAGAAGACACAUUGAAAUUCCAUUUGACUCAAAAAUCAAAGAGUUGCAUGUUUACGAGGGAUACAUUUGUCGUCUGGAGCAAGGUUGGUUGCAAACUGGCCUUCACAUGGUCGGCUUGAGUAGAUCAAAAGGUGUGGAGGUAUCAGACGCCUGGCUGGCCUCAGCGAGAGAUCUGCUGAACAGAAUCUUCCAGAAAUGGCACCCAUCAGACAAACAGAGCACAGAGUACUUGUCUGACCACUUGGUGAAUUUUAUAUGGAGUCUCAGUUCUGCACAUACAAGGGUGACAUUCCCAGACAAUUCCCGACCUCCCACGAUCCCGACAUCAGAGCUGAUUUCAGAGACUUUAGUUCAGAUCUUAAAAGGAGAACCAAAGGAGAAAUUCCCAAGCAGCUGGAGGAGCACCAGUCCUCUUGUUCUGGGCCUGUCUGUUUUCAUGGUUACCAGAAAGUGUGACAUCAACCUUGGAGUGAAAGGCUGGGCUGAUCUGUGUCGCCUGGUGUCCUCAGAGACUGCAAUGGAGAAGAAAAACCUGGAAGGGUUGCACAGUUGUUUCCAGAAUCUACAAUUUACUGUGUUGGCUCUGAUGAACAUCUGUGCGCAGCAGUCGGUGUUGGAGCUCGUCCUGCUCGUUCCUCUGCUCUUCAGACUCAGGCAGCCAGGAGCAGAUGCAGCAAAAGUGGGCCCAACUGUCGAGGAGGAGAACUGGUCAGGACUUGAAAAUGUCCAGUUCAGCAGGUUUAGGGAGAGCAUACAGUUCCACCCUGACAAAAGAAAGAGAAUGCUGUCUUUGUUCAGGACACACUUAUCUAUGACCAAAGAGUCGCCUCUGCUCCUGCAGAGCUGGUCAUCUCUGGUUGCAUUCGAGGAUCUUCCUGAAUUUUCAGACUUGACAGGAAUACCUGUAGAACACCUGAUCCAGAGUUUGUUGUACAGACUGCGAAAGUGUGGAGAGACAAGGGAUCACAACAGAACACAGGAGCAUGUGAAGAAAACCCUGACCCAUAUCCUGCUGAAGGUAGACAAAGAGAAGGACAGGAUGAUUGAAUCUGGAAAUAUCGAGCCAGCCUUCAUGAGCAGCCUCAGUGUGUUGAAGAGCACAUGCGGAAUUGUGCAACUCGUCCCCUGGUACCAAGCUGCAGUCCUGUCCUACCAACUAGUUGUAAAAUUGGCAGAGAUUUUGGACGCUAAACUGAGAAAAGAGUCUUCUGAAGAUGAGUUUAAGACCUUAAAGCAGAAACUCUUGGAGGACCUACAUCUCAUGCAGCAGCAAGUCAGUGAGUGGAGAGAUGAACUGCUGCAAAAACCCCUUGUGACAGCAAAAGCACUCUCCUACCCAAAGGAAAUUGAGAUGUGGGACGCGCUGCUGAAGGUGGAAUGCUCUCUUGAAGAAGUUUCAUCCCGUUGGGAGGUGAACCUCACAAAAGACCUGAGGAAGAGAAUUUCCAAGGCAAGUGAGGAGGAGAAAGUACUAGUCUGCUGCCAUAAGUUCUCCUUGGCAGCUAUAAGGAAAAGCCACAACGUUGUACAGACCUGUUUCGACGAGCUGUGUCAGUCUGCCAUCAAGACAGUCUGCCAGAGAGGGCAGGAGGGAGACCUGCUGGAGAGUCUCAGGACCAAGGUGAAGGAUCUCCCAGAUGUUGUGAUGUCUGCUUUUGUGGUUGAGUCGGCAGCACGAUUCAGAGACGACGCUGUAGUGCAGCUGCUGGAUCCACAGUCCGCCAUGAACCACUUCCUGUCUCAAGGUGAUUGGAAGUCGAUCACGGUGGAUGACACUGCGGCGCAGGUUGUCCACAGCUCUGUGAUUGCACUGCAAUCUCUGGUGGAGUCUCUGCUUCAAGGACACGUGCCCCUGGGACACCUACGGACCUGCCUGAAAUAUAAAGAGCAGUUUAAGAGACUUUACCAGCAGUUCAAGAAAAACACCAAAUCUGAGACAGUUUCUGUUGAAGCAGCUGUUGUUUUGGCUCAGAGAGAGAAGGAUUUAGCCCCUUACACCCUGCUGAAACAGCAGAUGGAUACACUGAUAAAGAUGAUAGCAAAGGUUACAGAAAGCAUCACUGUUCCUGAGAUGUCGACUCUGGUGGAGCAGCACAGUGCAGAUCUCCAGACUGUGGGCCUGAACAGAUUGGUGCUGGUUCAGUCCUUUAAUGCUGAGGGGAAGUUGGGGAAGACUGGCCCUCCCCAGGUCUUCUGGUAUAAGGCCAGUCUGAAAGUUUUGAAAAUGGCCAGUGAGAUGCAUAAACUGCAUCACAGCAGCCUGAUUCUGUCCCUCUGGGUCAAGGGGGCUGCAUCUUUGGCAUCAGCAAGGCAAACCUGCCCAGUCCCUGUUCCAGUCACGCUAACACAGAUCUACGAAACGAUCUGGGAGCCGCUUCUGACAGAGUUCACUCAGCUUGGUGUCAGCAUUGCAAAUGCAGACAUCACUUUCAAGCUGCUUGAUCAGGUUUUGGUGGAGUCUGGUGACCAAGGAGACGGGCAGCUAAUGAGGAAGGAGCUGAGUCUGAUGUCAGAGACAUUCAGCGUGUCAGGAAGGUUGAAACCCAAGGAGAACUGGGUGGACCAGAGGCUUGGUCAGAUCCAGAAUUAUCGACAGCUCCACGAGGCAGCGGCUGCAGCCAGUGCUAUACUGAAGAUUGCAGAAAAAAUGAAGCUUUCCGGGAAUUUCACAGAAAUUGACACCCUCAGCCAACUGGAAGAAGACACAUUUAAGCAGAGGGCCCUGGGUUCCCUAAGCGAUGACCUGUUUCGUGCUAGACAGCAACUCUCCGAAGUCACCAAGCAGCACACUGCCUGUCUGGAAGAGUUUCUAGCGAGCCAAACUCUGGUCAGCUGGGUCAAAGAGAACCUUAAAAAUAUGAGCGACGUAAAGGUCUAUGUCGAGCUGGCUUCCAUAUCUGCUGGAGAGAAUGACCAAGAGAUCGACCAGGUGGCUUGUUUCCAUGAUGCAGUGAUGGGCUACGCCCCUCUGCUCUACAGCCUCUCACCUCACACUGGCUUUGAGGAGUUCAUGAAGUGUGCUCAGCAGGUGUGGGACACCCAACUUAGAGAUGAGAAGCUACCAGACAAAUUGAAAGAGUCUACUCGAUUGCUGGACUGGCUGAAAACACUGAAGGAGACCCACGGCUCUGUGGAGCAGUCCUCUCUCUCCCUGGCUAAUUCUAUUAAUUCUCAUGGAGUUUAUCACAUAGGAUGGUCUGAUGAAAACACAGAGAAGAGAUGUCUACAAAACAUGGUACACGUCACAGUGAUAAAGGGCAGAGAGGAGAAGAGCUACAAGCUUGAAGAUCUGCUGGAGCUACAGAACAAACUCAUGCUCAUGUCGUCCAAAGGGGAGAAGGGCAGAGAACAAGUCAACAGGUUCACAGAGGUUUUCGAAGGAGUUCAGAGACUGGGUGCCAUCCUUCUUCAGAUGCAAACAUCUGGCAACAUGCUCUUCAGGGAAUGGCACGCUGGAGUCCAGUGCUGCCCACAACAGCAACCGUGCAUCAAAGUUGCCUUCCUAUCCCUGAUGGGUAAAGAGAUGGUGUACUACGGUGAGGUGACUGAGCAGCUACAAAAGCUGGCUAACUCCAUGGAGAGCUGCCAAAGUCAAUGGCGUUCCUUCAUCAGUGAGAUGCGCUCCAACUUCAACCUCCUGAACCACUACACCUCAGAGCAGAUAGUGUACCUGUGCCACUGGAUACACAAAGUCUGUCAACGACACGCUUCAGUUCCCCCACAGUUAUGGCAUUUGCUUUUUCCCAUAAAGCCUCAGUGCACUCUAACUGAUGUCAGAGUCGCUUACACUUAUGCAGCAAGUAUGAUCUCAAAGCACGAUGAACUGGAAGAUGACACAGACACAGAAGAGGACAUGGAUGAGGCUCGUGAUUUGAUGGAGUUUUCUUCAGAGGAUGAGGGUGAUGGUGUGAUGAGAUGUGACACUGAUCGCAACAGGAAGCUCGUUGAGGACAGUCUUGAAGAACUCUGGCGUAAAUUCAAGGACGGCAUGCAACAGUACCUCAACGAGUGCUUGGACAUCUCAACUUUGGCCCAUUUCCUCUCAUGCCUCUCUGAAAGGAAUCAGCAACACAUGAUCAGGAAGCUUCCACUGGUUCUCCAGGAGGGAAAGCCCAAUCUCAUUCUUUGUCCUGGUGCAGAGGUUUUUGCCACCACUCUGUCUUGUUACAUGGAGAGUCCAGAGCAGCCUCUGCCAUCUAAUGAUGAGGUCCUAGUCUGCAGAGAGGAAACCACUGAGGAGGAGGUAGAAAUCUUUCUCCGCCGAGCUCUUGGCCAAGGCUCUGUACAAAAUUGGCAGAAGAUAUACUCUCUUGUCAAUCCAGGGUUGCUGGGAUAUGAUGUCAGUGUGGCCUUAGAGAAGCUCUUUGAGGAUCUUGCGAGAUGUGCCAACCCGCAUUAUCGUUUGGUAAUAGUCAGUCCUGUUGUGCAGCAGCACAGAUAUGUGCCCUCUUUCUUCAGCAAUGACAAAGUACAGGCUGGCAUGAGUCUAACAGCAGAGACUGCCAGGAAAUAUCUACAUCACCACUUCACACAAAAUGCGCUCCUGGUUUCUCCAGAUCACCUCUCAGUCUGGAUGGUGUCAUCUGUACGCCCUGCAGUUGGGAAAUCUCUUUAUGUGGAUCGUUUAUUUGAGAAGUUGCAGCACAGAUCUCCCAGAGCAGAACAUAUUACGAUCAGACUAAUUGAGCCAUGCGUUGAUGUAGACUCUUUAAUUAAGAGUCUAUCAGAGAAACUGGCACCCUUGAGAGAGCAAGACCCUGUUCUCCUGCACAUUGACACUGCUGGAGUUCGUUCAGGUCUGGAGGAGCUCCUGUUCCAUCUGUUAGUUCUGGGCUGUUUAAGUGAUAGCCAUGGCAUGUUGUGGAGAAGAAAUGUGGCUCACUCGAUCACUGUUGAGGUCUUAAGAACAAAGAUGUCACCUCAAAACCAGCCAAAACAGAUGAGGUUUGGACUUCUUGACAUUCUGCCUACCAUCCAUUGUAGACCUCCAAAAGAGGUCAUGGCCACUAGAAGGGUGUCGACAAAGCAGACCUUUGAUCCACUCAUGGAUGAACAGGAGUUUUGCAGUGAAGGGAUACAAAGGCCGUAUCAGUACUUAAAACUCUACCGAAACAAUCAGAAUCUAGAUCAUUUUAAGUACCAGGAAGGAUCCAGAGUGGGGAAUCCUGAUGACUGUAUCCAUCACUUUUUGUCAGACUGUGGGAUGCAAGAUCCAUCAUGGGCAGAGCUGAAGAACUUCUCCUGGUUCCUCAAUGUGCAACUGAAAGACUGUGAAAACUCAGUUUUCUGUGAUCCAGAUUUUCUGGCUGACCAUCUCCCUGGUUUCAAGGGCUUCAUUGUGAAGUUCAUGAUUUUAAUGGCAAGGGAUUUUGCCUCGCCAUCUCUAAACACAUCUGACAAAAGUCCCAUGAUGCACAUUGAUAACAGUCAGGAGGAUGACGUUCUUGCCCGUCUGACAAUUCGUAAGCACUGGGAAAAUGAGUCUCAUCCAUACAUUUUCUUUAAUGCAGACCGAUCCUCAAUGUCUUUCCUUGGCUUUAAUGUGAAGAAGUGGCGAAACACCCUCAAUGCCGUUGAUCCUCUUAGCCUCACGGUCCUGAUAGAAAAUGUGAUGUCAGAAAAACUUUUUCAAGGUUUGGAACGGCAAAGGAUCUCUCUCACUGAAGACUUCGAUCAGUUGCCCCGGCCAGACAAAAUCAGAAGGAUUUCAUGCGUUGUUGGUGCAAUGAAAGGAAUGAUAGGAAGAGAAUUUGAUCCAGACCCAACAUAUGAGCUCACUGCUGACAAUGUGAUGAAGAUGUUGGCCAUACACAUGAGAUUCCGGUGUGAAAUUCCAGUUGUCAUCAUGGGAGAGACCGGCUGUGGAAAAACACGAUUAGUCCGUUUUCUUUGUGCCCUGCAAAGGGAGGAAAAACCUGCAGAGAACAUGGUACUUGUCAAGGUACAUGGUGGAACUACAGCAGCGAUGAUCUACAGAAAGGUGAUGGAGGCAGAGAUACUUGCUGAGAAAAACCGUAGAAUGCACAAGCUAGACACCAUUUUGUUCUUUGAUGAAGCCAACACCACAGAGGCCAUUUUUGCCAUCAAGGAAAUCCUGUGUGACCAGUCAAUGAAAGGGGAACCUCUGAAGGCAGGCAGUGGCUUGAAAAUAAUAGCUGCUUGCAAUCCUUACAGGAAGCAUUCACCUGAAAUGGUGGAACGUUUGGAACGUGCAGGUUUGGGAUACAGGGUUAAGGCAAAUGAAACCGAAGACCGCCUUGGCAAAGUUCCUCUGAGGCAGCUGGUGUACAGAGUUCAUCCUCUCCCUCCAAGCAUGGUGUCUUUGGUCUGGGAUUUUGGUCAGUUGAGUGAUUCUACUGAACUUUCCUACAUCAAACAGAUCGUCCAGAAGAAAGUUCACGACCAUCAUUUGCCAGUGGCCUGCAAGGACAUAAUUUCAAAAGUUCUGGGAGCUUCCCAAGAGUAUAUGCGAAGUCGGAAAAAUGAGUGCAGUUUUGUGAGUCUCAGAGAUGUGGAGAGGUCAAUGAAAGUGCUAGUUUGGUUUUACCAGCACAGUGAAGCUCUUUUCAAAAACUGCCCUCAUCUCAGUGAGGCUCAUAAAACACUGAAGUGCUUGAUUCUUUCAGUUGGAGUCUGCUACUACCCAUCUCUGGUGGACAAGGAUCAGUACCUCUCCGUAAUUUGUAGGUACUUUCCAGACCCUCUCCACUCUUCAGAAGCAUUGCAGAAAGAGAUUUCAUCCUGUCAAGACAUCUUCCUUCAGAACAUACAGACAAGAGAGACCAUAGCCAAAAAUGUUGCACUCAAAGAGAAUGUGUUUCUCAUGGUGGUUUGCAUUGAGCUCAGGAUCCCACUCUUUCUGGUUGGCAAGCCAGGCAGCUCUAAGUCUCUUGCUAAAACAGUAGUUGCUGAUGCCAUGCAGGGCCAGAACUCUCACUGUGAACUAUUCAAGAAACUUAAGCAAGUUCAUAUGGUCUCCUUCCAGUGCAGUCCUCACUCAAGUCCUGAGGGCAUCAUAGGGACAUUCAGGAACUGUGCCCGCUUCCAGAAAGACAAAAACAUGGACGAGUAUGUAUCAGUGGUGGUUCUUGAUGAGAUAGGACUAGCGGAAGAUUCUCCUCAGAUGCCCCUGAAGACCCUUCAUCCUCUCUUGGAGGAUGGUUGCAUUGACAAUGACAAGCCAGAUCCACACAUGAAGGUUGGCUUUGUGGGCAUUUCCAACUGGGCUCUUGACCCAGCAAAGAUGAACAGAGGAAUAUUUGUGUCCAGAUGGGAUCCAAGUGAGGAUGAACUUGUGGAAACUGCUAAGGGAAUUUGUGCUUCCUCCAACCAAAUUCUCCUGAAAAUCAAACACCUCUUCCCAUCUUUGGCAAAGGCCUUCUUGAGCAUCUGUAAAGAAUCCUCAAAAAAUCAGUUCUUUGGUCUAAGGGAUUAUUACAGCCUAGUCAAAAUGCUCUUUGCCGCAGUCAAAUCCACACAACAAGAACCUGAUGGUGGACAGUUAGUUGAGGCCAUCUUGCGUAACUUCAGUGGACAGCCAGAGGGUUUUGAUCCAGUCGUAUUUUUCCAAGAGGUUCUCCAAAACUUAACAGAUAUUCCCAGACCAAGCACCUUGCAAAUGGUGAAAAAGAAUCUUGAUCAUGACACCAAUCAGGAGAGUCGUUACCUUCUUCUGCUGACUACCAACAAUGCUGCUCUCCAUAUCCUUCAGCAACAAAUCUUUGCCAAAGGAGACUAUCCACCACCUGAAAUUGUCUUUGGCUCGGGAUUCCCAAAGGACCAGGAAUAUGCCCAAAUCUGCCGUAACGUUAACCGGGUGAAAACAUGCAUGGAGACUGGACGUACUGUCAUCCUCCUCAAUAUGCAAAAUCUUUAUGAAAGCCUGUACGACGCCUUGAACCAGUACUAUGUUUACCUCAGUAAGCAGCAAUACGUUGAUCUUGGUCUCGGCUCCCACAGAGUCAAAUGUCGUGUCCAAACCAACUUCAGACUGGUGGUAGUGGAAGACCAGAAGAAGGUCUAUGAGCACUUUCCCAUGCCCCUCAUCAACAGGCUUGAAAAACACAGGGUGGACAGGAGUACUGAUCUGGAGCCAUGGCAACACAGGGUUCUCGAAAAACUGAAGGAUUGGGUGAAGGAAUUCUCAGGUGAGGAGGCCUCAGAGGAUUUCGAGCUCUCUGACAUUUUUGUUGGGUACCAUGGUGAUGCCUGUGCCAGUGCUCUCUUGCAAGCACUAGAAAAGAGAACACAAAAAGCUGAAGACACUGCAGUAAGACAACAUCAACAGACUGAAAAAGAUGACUCACUGGCAGAGGAGGAACCAAAUGAAACACUUGAAUCAAAUUCAAGCAGACAGGAAGAAGUAACGGAUCAGGAAGGCAAUCAGAUGGGUGAUGAAAUGGACAUAGAGAUUGCUGGAAAAGAGAAAGAAAUGGAGAAGAAAGAUGAUGAAUCCACUGAGCCAUGUGAUGACGAGAACAAAGCGAUGUCUGAUAGUGAAGAAAUGAUGGAGACAGAAAACGAUGUUGGAUCUGUUGGGAAAAACGAGGAGGAAGAAGUCUUCGAUUUAGCUAAAGGUCUCCUGUUGAACUGUGCCACCCCCGAUGCAGUGGUGAGGCUCAAGUAUUCAGAUUUAGCAAAGCAGGAGAAUGAGAAACUCCAGAGAAUGUACUUCCAGCAACAACAUCACCACUCCCUCCGAGAUUUCCUGGAAGAUUGUCUGAAAAAGCAGCAAGGGUCCAGCAAGUUUCUAGAGAUAACAACAUUCUCCAGCUUGCUAACCAGAUCAGAUGUCAGAGUUGUAGCCCAUGCCCUAGGACUGCAUACAGACAAGAUCCUCCUGCUCUCACUCCACCAGUUUGACACUGAGGUCUCCUUCUGCAACAAGAUACGGGGCUUCCUUCAAGAUGCUGGGCACUCUCUUCAACUCCUCUUAAUCCAGAUGGACCUUGAGGAAUCCACCUGCAGUGACGAGCUCAUAGCAUCAGCAAAAUAUUGCACCAUGAAUUACUUGAUGUCCUUGGCGGAUCAGACCUGUUGGGUGAUUUUCAUUGUUAAGGUUUCUAGGAUCCCAAGUCAAUCUCAGUACAUUGGUUUCCAAGGAGGAGUCUGGCAGUCAGUGCAUAUCGAUGACCUGAGGGAUUCAGAAGACAUGAGCCUGAACCUGUUGGGUUUCUGUGGAACUCUCAUUAGCAACCUACUUAACCCUGCACCAUCAGAAUUCAAUGAAGAUGGAGAAUCUGUGAGGCAGAUAGAAGACUCCCAGACAGGUAGAGCCCACCUCCACAGCCUAUCCUUAGUGAGAUCAUGUAUCCAAAAAGCUGUUGGUUUGCUGAGGGACACCGAUGGUGUGAAAUCACGAAGCAUGCAGCGGAAUCACAUCCUUCUGACUCUUCUGGGAACUGGGCAAAGAGGAGCUCACUUUCAGGAGGUGUUGUUAAGUAGACUGAAAGAGGCUUUGGCACAGAGAGAACAAGUGAUGGAUGUCCCUAAGGAGUGGGUGAGCAGAGAAGCCAAAAAACGCCACGCUCUACAGGAGGGGGGGACACUGAGACAUACCCUGUGGCGCCGUCUUCAGUCCACCGUGACUCCAAUUUUGGCCAGCAUGUUGGAAGCUAUGGACAGGUAUGCAAAUCUGGACCUCCUCUCAGAUGGCAAGCUCAGCCAUGGCCUGGAAAAGCUGUGGCUGGACAUCCUGGCAGAUUCGCAGAUUUUAGACAUAACACCUCUUCAAAACUCAAGUGAUUCAGACCAGGAGGUGCUUGUGCAGCACUAUUUCAUGUUGGAUGGUGAAGAACAACCCUGCGCUGCUGCAUUCAGCUGGAUUAUCACAAUGCACCUUGAAAAGCUGUGGGAAGAAUCAGAAUUUACUCCAGCAACACGAGAGGAUGACACAGAGAGGAUUCUCAAGUUUGUGAGUGCCUUCAACAGCAGCACGCUGGGCACUCACUUACAAAAACUCUCAGACGAGGAGAGAUUGGAGUACGGCCACCACUACCUACAAGACUACCUGCUGCUUUCUUUGAAGAUCAAGUCCAAGGACGAGCUUAGGGUGUUCUCCAGGGCCAUGUUGGGCUGUGUGUCCGAGCUUCAGACGUCCAUGGGUGCCACCGCUGACCUCUCUCCUGCUUGGAUAAUGGCUGCUGCCAAACAUUUUGCCCUCAGACUGGACACUCUCUGCCACAUAUUUCUGCUGCAGCCCCAGUUAGCCAACAGUGUGUUUCAGCAGGUGUCAAAUAGGGAGCCCCAAGAAAUGUUGGAGGACAUUUUAGCCCUCGGUGUCUGUGUCGAGCAGACCAAACUCCAGACCGUGACGUCCCUGCAAGAGUGCAAGUCCUUUGUGAGCAGGGUGGAGUUUCUGCAGCCGUGUCUGGAUAGAGCGUUCGGUCAGAAAUACAGUGCCCUCUGUAGCCCCAGCUGUCUGCAACAUCUGGACUCUAUCAGAUCACUGUGGUAUGGGAUGCUGGUUGUCGGGUCUUUCAUCCAGCACAUCCUUUUUAAGGUUAAACCGGAUGACUCAAGAUUGAAGGAACUGGCUCUCAAACACUGCAACCUUCACCUGAACCUGAUGAAGGAGUCACCUGAUGUAAGGACCCUGGACACACUGCAAAAACUGAUCCGGAUCCUUAACUCUUUUCAUGCGGAGUGUAUCAGCAGGGAUCUGAGGUUUGGCAUUUUGUGCCCAGUGUGUUUCCUGGAGCUCACAGAGCCGUCUGUCCUGCCCUGCCAGCACGUCUUCUGUUUGCCGUGUCUCCAACGCUGGCUUCAGCCACAAAGACAUUCUUGUCCUAAAUGCAGGACAGACCUUCCGCCCGACUUCAAACCAACUGUGUCUCCUACCAUCAAGGCAGCACUGCAGCAGCAUGCAGCGAUCAGGGACUGCUGUAACUCUUUCUUCCUGGAGGUGGUGUCCAGGUUCUGUCUGUCAGAGGGGCAGAGGCCCGGAGAGGGAGUGGUGGAGCUGCUCUUCUCCUUACUGGUCUCUGCUAACGGAGAUGUGUUCAGGACCAGAGAGCUCACUCCCUUCCUGGAGUGUGUGGAUAACAGCCCUGUGGUGCGAUCUGUGCUGCCAAAACUGCUGCUGCAAUACAGUUUUGAGCAGGUGAAGGCUCACAUUCAGACCUACCUGAAGAAUCUGGAGGAGAAUCUUCUGGCCAGAGAAGAUCGUACUGAACUCUACCUGCUGUUUGUCAACUGCUUCCAGGACUCUCUGUUGUGCUCAGAAGCGAGAGAAGUGGAACAGAGCAGAGUAGAACAGCAAAGGCAGGCAGAUAUCAAAUUCCUGAGCCGAGUGGCCAGGAAGCAGACUCCAGGCAGACAAGAAGACCCAGCAGAGUUCCUGCUCAACGUAGCCAGGCUCAGAAUAUGCCUGAGCACUGCAGCCCGGCUGCUGGAGAAAGCUGCAGCUCAAGGCAGACAUAUGGAGGAGGCUCAGUACCUGCAGCAGGUGAAGGCGGUGUGUGAGUACUGUGGUAACGACUGGCACAGGGUUUACCUGCUUCGGGCCCUCCUUAGACUCUCUGGCAUGGACUGCAUUCUGUCCCUGAUGAACAGUCCGGCCUGGAGAUGGGUCUUCCCUGCAGAUCUCCUUCGACUGCAGCGGAUGAUUCCAACCAACGUGGACCAGUUCCUGUGCUGCGGGCCGCCUUACCGUGCUGUGAGAGACGCCGUGGCCGAGGUUCUGCUGCAAAACAGAUCUGACACCUUCAAGGCAGAAAUACAGAGGCUGAGAGGUUGUCAGAUCAGCCUCCUGGCUCUGGCCCUGUUCAGACAGGUCACCUGCCGCUACAAAUCCCCUGACGUCAGCAUACGGCCGUCCCCACAGGAGACGCAACCACUGAACGAGCUCCUGAAAACCGUCAGGCCAAAGGAGUUCAGGGAUUUCUGCACUGCACUGCUGUCAAACCAGAUCGGUGGACAGGGCUCAAGUCUUCACCUCCACGCAAAUCUUUCGGCUCAGAGACAAACCGUCCUGGAGCUGCUGGUCCAUCUGGACUCUGUGCUGCUCAGUGAAAAUCCUCUACUCCUUCCUCUCUACCAGAUAGCCUCCCAGCCCCAGAAUGUCACAAACUCCUUCCUGCCAACCAUGCCCGAUGAUCACACAAGUGAAGCCAAGCAGUGGUUGACUAAAGAUCCGAAAGCACAGCUGUACUAUUGUGCCAACGGACAUCCAUGGUUUGUUGGAAAUUGUGGUAAACCGGUGGUUGUAUCAAGGUGUCAUUGUGGACUGCCAAUUGGUGGGCAGAAUCACAACCCAGUUGCUGGAUUUACUAAACACACAGGAGAAAGGGUCAGAGAUCAAACUCGGACAGGACACAUACUAGGAGAGGCUCGACAGCGGUCUGACGCCCCUGAAAGACAGAUGUCUUACGCUCAGUCCUGCAUCCUGCGCCUGCUGACUCACCUCGCUAUGCUUCAAGGCGCCAUAAGAAAUCAGAGAGGAGUCGGUGACAUGAUCCACCCCAGGCCCCAUGAUGUUUUAAACUUCCUGUGGAACCACCUGGAAAAGGACAUGAGCGUGUUGGGACAGACGCUGAAUCAGAACGUGGACAACGUGGCGGUUACAGUUCAUUUGGUUCUAAAUACCUGCGCUACAGGUUCUCGCGGCGCAAGGCAGGCUCUGUCCUCCAGAGAAGGACGGCAGCAGUGGGAGAAGCUCGUCUGUAGUUCUGCCAUCAACCCAGUACUUCAAGAUUUGCAGAGGAAUCUGGCUGAAGCUCAGGACAGAAUCAGUGCAGAUGAUGGGCUUGCUGGAAGUCCUCUGAUGAAUCUCCUCUACGGGGAUCCUGAGAAGCAGUUGUCCCUCCCCUCUGACUGCCCGACACAUCGCUCCUCUUUCUGGACUCUACCCGAGAUGAUGACACUCGAGCGCUUCUGUCAGCUGGUGGGAGAACCGCAGGGACGCAGCCCCUUACCCCUGCUGAAAACGUUCCUCGAGAAGAUACACUGUGUGAGGCAGUUACAUCACCUGCCUGAGCUGGCGGCUUUACAGUCAGACCUGCUGAGAGUGUUUCCUCUGACGUCACACUCUUCACCUCAGAGUAUCGCACAGAUGUUACAGAAGAUACCAGCAGGAUACCAGAAGAAGCUGCUGCUUGAGAGAGUGGAGAGAUUCAUCGAGGUGUGGAACCUCCUCAGAGCAGAGGUGGCAAACAACUCAGCAGACUUGGGUGUGGAUGUGAACUUGUGCGAGAAGGAGGUGACAACCGAGAGCUCUGGGGAGUUUCUGACACCGUGUCGAGACGGACCGGGGUCGUGUCUCCGAACUCUGGUGGACUUCCUGUCGAAGACUCACAACAGCCUGGUGAGAGAAGCCAGGAGAGUGAGCGGCCAAGAGGACAGCGAGUACAGUGUUCCUUUAGAGAGGAUAUCAGAAACCCAGCUGACCCUGUGCCACCCAGAAAGAGAGCUGCUGCCUCUGGUUCUAGCCCACUGCCACUACACCUUGAAGAAAGGCGGCGAGACGGACAGAAGCUACGAUCUGCCGGGCAUCCAGACCCAGCUGGCCCGCCGCUUCCUGGCUGGAAAACCACUCAUACAAGCGGACACCUCGAGGUACCUGAACAGACACCUGCAGGAUUUCUCUGUGGUUCUAAAGGAGGUCAGAGACAAGAUUCAUCAGGAACCGCUGAAGGGUUCGGUGAGCGGCGCCAUGAGGACGGUGCUGCGCUCGUACACAGACGUUUGCGAUGCUGUGUUUGUGGUGGAGAUUGGCCUUCGCUUUCUUGGCAAGACGGGCGGGAAUCCUCAGGAUCAACUUCUGUCCUACCUCAUUGAUUCACUGCAGAUGGGCCCACAGAUUUCCAGCUCUGUAGCCAAGGCUCUUGGAGAGAGCAAACUGCAGCACAGCACAUUCACCUGGCAGCUCCUCACUUGUUGGAAAUCAGAGCUUAUGCUGAACAGAAAUCAAGACCCGUUUCCGAGUCUGCCCUCAGAGUUCAAGCAGACGCUCUCUGAGGAGGAGAGGAAGGAGCUGAAGGUCUUCCUCGCUGUCACAGACGUGGACGCUUUCUCUCUGGAGCUGUAUGAAAUUCUGCUGCUGAAGAAGAGCAACACCAUGCCCGAUUUGUACCUACCACAAUGGGACAUCAAGUCCACCUUGGAGAUCCAUUUGGAGCAGAAAGGCCUUCCACCUCCGCUGGGGCUCGAGUCUCUAUCGGAGCACAUCACCCUCGGGCAGGGCGCUGACGUGUGGAGGGCCGCUGUAGAGUUUAAAAGAAGAUAAAUUCUGUCUACGCACAGCUGAAUUAUUCCAAAUCUCUCAUGUGAUUCUUAUUGUUAUUGAUUUAUUGCCGAUGGGACAUCUGCUGAUUAAUUAAUUCCAUAUGAUAGGUCCCAAUAUGCCUUUCUGUAAAUAGUAUCAGUGUGUUUGAAAUGUCUUUAAAUGAGAGAGAAAGUGAUUUGUAUUAAUUAUGUUAUGUUUAAUCUGUUACUGAGGUGUCAGGGAACCUUUAAUAAAUGAAUGAUGAAUGAACUGGA